UGCGACUUUCCACCACCGUACAUCAAGACUGAAUCUUGACAUCACUACAUCCGCAUCUUUUCAUCGACCUUUUUGGUCAUCUCAUCUCCUAUAAUCUAGAGGCCAUGGCAUCAAGAAAGGUGUCUGUCCUUAAGUUCGUAGGGACCGUUUCGUUGGGUCUCCUAACGGGCACAUCCUACACCCUCUCCGCCCUAACAAUCCCCUCCCUCCUCGAACUCCCCUCCGCCUCCUCCGCCGCCAAGGCCUUCCACUCGCUAUCCAGCGUAGCAUCAACGCACAUCAACGCCCUAACCACAAUUUCCGGAACCGCAUUCUUCCUCGCCUUCACCCUCUCCCCGCGCCCCUUCCGACAUCCCUACCUCCUCUACACCUCGCUCUUCUGCUUCGGCACACGGCUAGUCGAUAAGGUGGCACCCACGCUCUUCGGCGCAGCCCCACAAUCCAGCACGACGGCCGCGCAGCAGCGACGCGCGGCUCUAGCUCAGGCCCGUCGUGAGAAGCAGGCUUCGCGUGGUAUGGAAGCUAGCUACGAGGUUCUCGGAGAUGCGCACAGUGAAGAAGGUAGCGGUGGCGAGGAGCUCGAUGAAGACUACAACGGCGAGGAAGUCCGCGCUGAAGUCGAGUUCUUCGUCCGGAAUCAACUUCUCCAGACAGCCGUCUCAGGCCUCGGGUUCUUGAUGGCUGUUGUCGGUAUCUGGGGCGAUGGUGUAGCCGGUGUUUCGGAGACAUGGGUCGUUGACUUAUAAAUAUGGGUGGGAAAGGAUUCCGAAUGAGAGAAGUAGAAGUUGAGCUGGUGAUCUGAUUC